AUGGCGUCCCAGCCACAGCCAGAUGUUGGGGGGUCUGCUGUCCAGACCGUUGACCCGCAGGGUGUGCAUGCCGAGGAUGCUGCAUCUGUUCCAAGCGAGGAACCGGCCUCGAAGCAGCCAACACUGGGGGAUGACAACCCGGAGACCUCAUCGCGUGGCGAUGGUGGUGUUGAUGAGACGCGUACAACACGUCCACGUCCCCUUCGACCAGACGCAGCCUCGUUCAGGCCAUCUGGUUCCCUUCGACCAGAGGCGCCCUCGUUCAUGCCCUCUGCCUCCGCUCUGAUUGUCUCCCCCUCUGUCUCUUCUUCGCGCCCUCCCAAUCGGGUGAUUGUUGAUACCUCUGGUCGCCCACAACUGACCUCUUUUCUUCCCAACUCUUCUUCUUCUUCUCUUCCGCAUCCCAUCUUCCCACCAUCCCCCGCGAGCCAUUUUCUCCGGUUCUCUUCUCCUCGGCAGCCGUUCGACAGUUCUUCCGCGUCCUUUGGAAGCACUGUCUACAGCUCUCUGCCUUCAUCUCAGAACCCGAGUGCUUCUCGCUCUCAGAAUUUCCCUCACCCUUUCUCUUCCCGUCCUCCAGGCCACGCUCGGUUGCCAUAUCUGAACAUAUCCCAACAACCUGGCAGCUCCUCUUCGCUUGCGCGGAUUCAUCCCAACCGUCGUAAGCUCGGAUUUUCCUCUGCCUUUGCGAGGAACACUCCUGUCGCCCCUCAGACGACUCGGCAGCCUCACCCAACUGCGAGUCAGACCACCAUGCAUCGCCAGGGCAGAUACGACCAGCGUGCUCAUCUUGGAGCCUCUCCAGUCUUCUUCCCCGGGUACCCCCCACCUGGGAUGACCUUUUACCCCGGUCCAGUGCCGCCUUACACUGGGACCUUUUUCAUGGGACCUCAGUUCCCUCAAUUCAUUCCCUUCCCUCACCCUCACCCUUACCCUUACCCCCAACCCUUCUUCGCUGGCCCAUUUGGGCAGCCAAUCCCAUUCCCUGUCGGCCCCGGAUUCCCUCAACCAGGAGCUGCUGCGUUCCCUGUCGGUCCUGCUGGACCUUACCCUUCCUUCGGCCCACAGUCACAGCCGCAAGGAAACCUGGUCAUCAGCGCAACGGGCAACUUCUCGGCCGCAUCGAGCAACUUCUGGGCCGCGCCGAACCAGUUCUGGGCCCCGCCUGGCCACAUCGCCCUUGGCCCAACUCUCAGCAUGCCGCGAGAGAUGGCCGUCCCGCAGGCGCCUUCUCAACAGGGCCUGAACCAGUCCGCAGGCAACACUAGCCGCGGUACUGGAAUGGGUGUUCCCACCGCAACUGGGACAUCCACCACUCGAGGGGCUCGUCCUCUCAUCCCAACAGCUGCGGAGUUUCGCCCCGCGUCGGCUCGUGACAUGUCGACGAACGAAGAGCAAACUGCCCGGAGCAGUGAGAGCACCGUCUCUCAGAGACCAUCUGCGGUGACCCCGCAAACGAGGCCUGGCCAGCCUCAGCGAUCACGACUAGUGCCAGUUCCCUGGCAGGUGGCCGCUGCUCGCGCAUCGAGCCGCCGUGGCUCGCAAGUUCCGCCGUCUGGUCCGUUCGGCCCAUGGGUGAACAACCCAAUGGGAGGACCAUCGGGGCUCGCGCAACAACACGCAGCCCCCGCAAUGGAGAUUUUCGGCCGUCCUCAGAAUACCGGAAUCUCCCAGGCCGUCAACAAGGAGGACAACCAGCAGGGACCGCGUGACGGGCGUGGUGAACCCGUUACGCCCCCGAAUGCUGGCCCCGUCACCCCUCAGGGUGCUGCUCCCGUCGUCCGUCAACUCGGCAGCCCCUUCGUGUACCGCCCAUAUCUGGGCCCCUCCGACAGCCGAACCCCUUGGACCACCCCUUCUCCUCCCCGCACCCCCACACGCAACAGCCUCAUUGCGCAUGAGGAGUGGCGGGUGCGGAGAAGUGUGGAGGUCCUGCCCGACCCCGAGCGCCUCGAGCGCCAGCUCCAGGCCUUGGAGGAGUACAGGGCACAAGUGGAACGCCGGGCUGAAGAACAGCCGGAGGAUCGCGAGGCCAACGUUAGGCUCGCGAGUAUGAUGGCCGACUCAAGCCAUCCUUUCUCGUCCUGGCCGCGCACACCCAGGACUGGCCAAGCAGGCCAAAGACGACUUGCUGAUCCGACCGAGCAGCUGGCCGCACCGUUCGACCAGGUUUUCGAAAACCUGUCGAGCUACGUCAACGGGUACUCCAACUACCAGGGGUUACCCCGCGACGCCAACACCGUCGGCAUUUCCGACGUCUCCGGGCGCCUCCCUCGCCACCAGCCCAGCUGGCAGCACCGCGCCUACGCCCAGCCUCCUGACUGGGAGAACCCCGAGGUCUUGAAUGACCCAGAGAUCCGGGGAAACUGGCCAAACAACGCCAGUACGGGGCCCGACAAUGGCCCGUCAGGAACAGACCAAGCAACUCCCCCUUGGUCCCUCGCCCUUGGCCCGCCCGUCGUCUCGCAGAGAGACCGGGUCCGCCGCUGGCUGAGCCCCCGGGCCGGCCACGGCUUGAACGCCUCCCCUGAGGCGGCCGACGCCUACCACUGGCGUUUGGAGGACGUGAAAGCCUCGCCUUCGCGUUCGGCCCCUCAGGGUGGCCACCAUUAA